ACAGGAAAGAACUCCCCAACUCCACUGACUUAGACAAAAUAUGAACUGCGCUUUCUGGGCAUAGCAUUAUUGAAAAUAAACUAUACACAUUUAAACCAGCUAUCACGUCGCUAUUGUGUUAGUGUGAUUUGUAAACAAAAUCAGUCAGCAUGCUAAUUAAAGUGAAGACACUGACCGGCAAGGAGAUAGAGAUUGAUAUUGAGCCUACAGACAAAGUAGAGCGAAUUAAAGAGAGAGUAGAGGAGAAGGAAGGUAUACCUCCCCAACAGCAGAGGUUGAUCUACAGCGGCAAACAAAUGAACGAUGAGAAAACUGCGUCCGACUAUAAAAUCCAGGGUGGCUCUGUCCUCCACCUUGUUCUCGCGCUACGGGGAGGAGCCAGACCUCUGUGGCUACAGCCUAUGAUGUAACCACAGCACAGCCAACCUGCCAAGAUACUGACCGCAAAUGUCUCAGCUGAUUAGCUGCGGAGAAGGAGCCAUGAGCGACUGUGUUACCAGACGUCUUGUUUGUUCGGCAGGCGGCCAUCAAAUCGCCUUAUCUUUCAAAUCUCGAGUCACAAGUCCGACUUAGAAAAAAACACGGCACUCUGCCCAAAAACCUAUUAGCAGCCUCACCUUGUUAGGUCUCAAGGCUACUUAUAGCUUUAGUUCAGAGAUCAGGCGGUUGGUAUGGUAUUUGAAGUUGAGGGAAUCCCGUAGCAGGCCUGUGCGCAGAUGCACGCUCUCUGUCUUGAAGAGAAUAUUCUGUUGUCAUCUGUAUCCAAAACGGCCAUGCUCUUCUGCGGUUCUGCCUUCUCCCCAUGUUGAAUGUUUUCUACCGGGGAAAAAUAAACGUCACACAUUGCGUUCUAAUGAUCCCAAACCAAAGUCAGAUCAAUGUUCUGUCUGCAAGUUAAAGUAUGUUUCUAAGGAUUUAAAAACUGAUAGUUACCAAUAAACGUCCCUUUAUUGGUAACUAUCAGUUUUAAGUGAAUAUAUGAUGACGUGUUUUCUGACUAGCACUCUUUUCAUUCAUGACCUACUGAUAUCCUCCUAUGUAUUAGUGCUAGUUUAUUUUAUAUUUGUGUAAUUUAAGUCACUUUUUCCGACGUUGUCGUUGAUAUUUGGUUAAUUAUUAUUGGUUUAUGGUUUAUAUGACCUAUUUUGCUUCAUGGAUGGAUGGAUGGAUGAAGACACCUUGAACGGCAUGGUAUUGUAAACAUGUAUGAUGUAAAUGCUUAACAUCAUGUUUUCCCUUGUCAGGCUGCGCCUCACAAAUGGAUGCCAUAGGUCAAUGGGAGAAGGUAACCUGUGGUUACGCUCUCCAGUCAAAGGUUGUUUACAAUGUGGAUUAUGUACAUGGAGCGAUGUGGAUUGACGCUUUGAGCUGGGUGUUGGGGCUGCAAUGCAAUGUGUGGGAAAGAAAAUAAGUUAGGUUAACAGAUACGUUUUGAUUGUUCACCCCUCUGCCCAGAAACACACACCACACCAGUGUGAAAAUGCUUUGAUUAGAUCUAAACUGUUUGGUGGUGCUGUACUGGAUUAAAGACGUGUUUACAACUC